AUGGGCCUUGUGCUGUGCUUGCUGCAACAGGUUCGCACUGCAAAUGCGGAGUUCUUCCAGAUCUUUCCAGUCGUAGACACAGCGCAGCAUGCUGUGUACGAAGCGGAAUCUGUUCAGGUCAUCGGCACGGCGGAUGCGGACGCCUUAGAGGCGGUGCUUCAAAGGGAGGGGCCUUGGCGUGUAUUGCGCCUGCAGGAUCCUACACAAGCUUUGAUGAGUGUGGGUGUGGGUGACUUCCGCAACAGCUCCUGUGGGCCGUACCGGGAGUUGGCCAUCGCGGUGCCCGCGUGUGAGGAGGAGCUCCAGCUGGACUGCGGCAGCUUCCUGCGCUGCCAGGAGAAGCUGCCGCCCUGCGCCCACACGUUUAUGCUCCAGAGCUAUGCCAGCACUGAGGCGGCGGUGCGCGCUAUACGAAGCGCUGGCAUCAGCGCGGAGUUGAGUUCCAGCUUCGACUUCUCCGUCGAGUCCCCGAACUCGCCGGCGAAGCCCUCGCGCCUGCGCUUCGCAGUGGCCACGCGUAUCAAAAGAAAGGUGAAUGUGGAAUCCUGUCUCAUGAAGUGGUAA